GCGCGCUUAUUGGAGCGGCCCUUGGUAAACGUGGAGCUGUCAUGGCGGCCCGCAGCUGAUCCACUUCCUGUGCCGGUGCGGGGUACGGCAGCGGGCUGAGGGUCAGGCGCGGGCUGCGCACUGCACUGACGUGUAAUGCGGUGACAGAUGUAUUUUAGGGGGCCCGCCGUGGGGCUCGCCUUCUGCUCUUUGUAUUUGGCCUUCUACUUUACCAACAAGUAUGUUCUGUCUGUUCUGAAAUUCACCUACCCUACCCUUUUUCAAGGGUGGCAGACCUUAGUGGGUGGUAUCUUUCUUCACAUAUGUUGGAAGCUAGGCUGGGUGGAGAUCAAUUGCAGCUCCAGGGCUGACGUUGUGGCAUGGCUUCCAGCAUCCGCAUUCUUUGUGGGCAUUAUUUAUGCAGGUUCCAGAGCCCUGUCAAGGCUGACAAUUCCUGUAUUUUUGACAUUGCACAAUGCAUCUGAAGUUGUGACCUAUGUAGUCCAGAGAAUUUUCUUCAGAGAGCAGACUUCUUACAAGCGAUUGUCCAGUGUCACUCUAUUGCUCAUCUCGGCUGGAUGCCUUCCAAUACACGACCAACAGUUUGAUGCAGACGGUUAUUUCUGGGCUGUCAUUCACCUGGUUUGCUCAGGAUGUUACAAAGCAUUCCAGAGAUCUCAGAAGUCAAGUUUACUGAGUGACAUUGAUCAGCAAUAUAUAAACUAUUUCUUCAGUGUUUUAUUUUUGGCCUUUGCUUCACACCCCACUGGAGACCUCAUUAGUGCAUUGGAAUUUCCCUUCCUCUAUGUCCAUACAUUUCACAGUGGAUGUUGUGCCAGUGGAAUUUUUGGGUUCCUGCUGAUGCUUCUGUCUUUGAAGUUACGGAGUAGUCUGUCUCCUGCAUACCAUCUUUCAUGGGGUUUCCUUGCUAAGGUUCUUACAGCGGUUAUAUCCCUGUUUGUAUUUGAAAUAACCUUGAACGUUCCUCUGGCUAUAUGUUUCCUGACGUGUGUUCUUGGCGAGGCUCUUCUUGUGUAUACAGAGAAGAUGGGUGGAUGAAAAGAUAGUCAUGUACAUUUUUUUGUCAGAAUUGGAUUUUCCAUGAUGCCAUCAAGCAAGCCAGAACUUUUAUUGAUUAUCUGAUGAUGGUCUCACAACAUGUUCUUAUGCACUAUUUACUGUGUUCAAGGGAUGUUAGAUGCAGCUGACUAUUGCAAGAAAAAGAAUUAGAGGGAGAAUAUACAUGACUACAACUGUGCAAAAUUAUUAUGCAAGUGACAUAUUAAUACGAUUUCUGUAAAAUUA